UGUGUUGUGGGUGCUCUCUGUCUCUAUUCAAAAAGAUCAACCGCACCGUAUAACAAUAAUACAUACAAUAAUAGUAUUAUGCACAUGCAUGUAUGGAGCCUACCAAGCGCCUCGAGACGGAGAACAAAUCCUGCAAACUCAACAACACCGCUUUCAUUGCCCAACCACGAAAUUAUCGGCUCAAGUUUUCCCAUGAAUGUGACCCGGCUUUACCCGAGAGGAAGUUUGACACGAUGGAUAACGAGAUGACGGGAUGGCUUAUUUUGAUCCGAAGCCGCUCGGUUUGUAGAUCUCCAGUCAUGCACAACGUUCGCCUGAAGCAACUUCUAGAGGAGGUGAGCACGAAACCAGAUAGCUUUCAGAAGUUCGUGGAGCUUCUUCGCGAACCUGAGCAGGGUGUAGCGACCCUGUCGGAAGCGGACGAGAUGGACUUCUCUGCGAGAGAUGCUCACCAAAUUCAAUCUUCUUCCAGAUGUGUCCUACUGCAUGAGACGGAAGCUGGGCGAUGUGCUCGUUGCGUGAGCCUUUGAUCCUCCUUUGGAGGCACCCAUCCUCCAACGGCCGGAACCCGCACCGGAGCCCUUGGAGGUUUUGGCUGCUCUGCUCAGCGCACAUCGCGACUGAGAGGCGGUCAUGUCGCAGACAUUUUUCGUGAGAGAUGUUGCAGUUUGGCAACACCUGUUCGCCACCCUUAUUUAUCAUCCAGUGCUGCAUUUUUCGUCAUGCAACCACUUGACCCUUGCAGCACCAUUUCAAUUCGCGUCGAACGUCGGGUCACUUGGACGAGCAUGCGCAAAGCGCUCCCAAAACUCCAUGACGAAGAA